AUGUUUCCAACACGAAAGUGUCUACUUCCUAUUUGUUAUCUACCAUCAACAAAUUGUAUGUCUUUAGCUUUAGUCAAAUUGACAAUCACUCUUUCCUGUUUAUUGGAUUGUCUUUAUUUGUUUGAUAGUCGUCUCGAUUCUUUAUCAACAUUAAUUAUUAAUGUAUCAUAUAUUUUUGGUCCAAAAAUAUCUAAAGAUUCACAAAAAAAGCUUCUUAAAUUAAAAUGUUUUUCAUUGUCUUCACCUAAGCUCACAGUUGAUUAUCAUGAUCUAAUUGUCGCAUUGCUUUGUCAAAUGGUAAAUCUUGAAGAAUUGAAAUUAUAUCUAUUAGUACAAAGAUUUGACGCAACUUAUAUUGAUGGUAUUCAAUUAUAUGAUCACUUUCUUGUUUAUAUGACACAAUUAAAGAAAUUUACAUUUAAUGUCAAGACAAAUGUCUCUAACAUUUUUCUUAGAGUUAAACUUUCAUCGAAUGAAGAUAUUCAACAUAGUUUCAUUGGAAGAGGUUAUCAACAAGUUACUUCAUAUAUUCAUAAUGAUUCAAUGAAGAAUAAAGGCAAAUGCUUGAUCUAUUCAGUUCCAUAUGAAUUCGAUUAUUUUUUUUACUUGUACAAUUCUUUUCAAGGUGGCAUAUUUCAUAAAGUGCGAUAUUUGACGAUGGAUGAUACAAUUCCUUUUGAACAUAAAUUAUUUAAUGUUAUCUCUGAAGAUUUUCCUUAUCUAGAACUCUUACAUAUAUGUAAUCAUUAUUCACCAAACACCAAAGAACAUUCAUUCGCAUUAAUUACAUUUCUUUAUCUCACACUGCUUGAUCUACAAGAUGCACAUGAUGAUUAUGCUGAACUAUUUCUCUUGACAAAAAAUGCUUAUCUACCUCGUUUGUUAAAUCUCUCCAUGCAAUACAAAUCACUCACAAAGAUAACAAACAAUUUUACCAAUAAUGCAAUGGAUUUCAAUUGCAGUAAAUUGAAAAGUCUAGGUAUAUAUCAACCAUUUGUUCGUCCAAAAAAUUUUCAUCAAUAUUUUCCUUUGUUAUAA